AUGACUUCUAACAUACUUCUACCUAGCCACGAGUCGGCCACCUCAUGCUAUUUCACCUUCAGUUUGCCAGGAUAUUCCAUCCUCAAGCGCCUCAAUGCCUACAUCUCGGAGGGCGAUUCAAUGGGAUCGGAGAGCAGCGACUCGGAGAGGCUGGAUGACCGCAGGCUGUCCUGGGACAUGUCGCUCAUGUUCGGUGGAGUGGGCUCAAGUGAGGCGAGAAAGAACUGGAUGCGAUCUCGCUUGUCUGCUGAGAGGAGGAAGAAGGAAGAUGACAUAUUGAUGGGGGCAAAGGAAAUUGUAUAUUGUAGAUUUUGGCUGACGCUCACAGGCUUGCAAGAACGCGGUCAAACGCGUCUUCACGAAGCCCUGUCAAUGUCCAUGAGCGGUAGGAUUCUUGGGAGAUUGCUGUUACUGGAGACCGCGGUAGUACAAGUUGAAACCCACAAUGAGCAGCUCGAAAACCUGCAGGAGGCGUACCAUCAAGUGUUCGGCAGUCUCUCGUCCCUUGCCACACUCGCAGGCAGGAGUCAGAACCUCCGGGACUCCCCGUGUAAACAAGAAGUCCCGGAAGCCUAUUGCUCCCGUCCGGAUUUGAAUCAGCACCUCUUCUACUACCCGGACGCAGCAAAGUACCUCCAAGGCGUCAUCACCGCCAACCUCUUCCCGGGCUACGCCGGCCCCAUCCCCACGAGCGAGCACCUGCGGUCCGACGCCGGUUUCUACGCCGCCUUCCUAACUGCCCAAGGCCGCACCCUGCACGACGUCUUUAUCUACCGCGACGCGCGUGACACGGCCCACCCGCCGGGCCACAGCUGGCUCGUCGAGGUCGACGCCGCCGAGGCCGACCGCCUGCAGAAGCACAUCUGCCGGCACAAGCUCCGCGCCAAGUUCGACGUGCGCCUGCUGGACGAAGGGGAAGGGACAGUCUGGCAGGCUGUCAUCUGGGGACCUCCCCAUAGUCCCGGAAUCAAGCUACCACCUCCGCCGCUACACGCACGGCAUCCCCGAGGCCAAUCGGAGCUCCUCUUCAACCAGGCCCUCCCGCACGAGAGCAACACCGACGCCAUGCACGCCAUCGACUUCCGCAAGGGCUGCUAUGUGGGGCAGGAGCUGACCAUCCGCACCGAGCACCGCGGGGUGGUGCGCAAGCGCAUCUUGCCGUGUGUGCUCUACCCAGACAACGGCCAACAACCCCCGCCGGGGAACUUGGAUUUGGUUGCGGGGUAUCGGCCCGAGAUUGAGGAUGGUGUGACGGCCGAGCAGAUCCCGCGCGAGGCGAGCAUCGGGCGGGCGCCGGGGGGCAAGAAGGGGCGGAGUGCGGGCAAGUGGUUGAGCGGGGUGGGGAAUGUCGGGCUGGCGCUGUGCCGGCUGGAGAUCAUGACUGAUGUGGUGCUGCCGGGGGAGGCGAGUUCGGGCGCGGGCGGGUUUGGGGACGGGGAUGAGUUUGUUGUGGGGGUUGGGGCGGGUGAAGGGGAGGAGGGGAGGAAGGCUAGGAUCAAGGCUUUUGUGCCCGAGUGGUUGAGGAGGGGGUUGGUUCGUGGGGAGGGGCAUUAA